AUGGCAACUUUAGAGAACAAAGGAGAGGCAGAUCCAUCAAUCAACUGUGCUACGGACCAAGAAGUUGGCCAAAGCAGGCCAAAAUUGUUCAACAUCCAAUGCCACAAUGAGAGAGCAACAUGGCAAAGAGAGAGAGAGAGAGAGCACAGCCAUGGCCAUGGCCAUGGCGACCAACAUUCUCAUCGCAAAACUCCCCACCACAAUCCCCUCCUCCCUCACCACCAAACCCAGACUCCCCCAACUCCCCCCCCACCCACCACCACCACCACCACCACCACCACCACCACCGCUAUAUUAAGCGAGAGAAGGACCUUACUAUCAACCAUCGCUAAAACUAGUGGCGCUGCCAUCUUAGCGGCGCUGACUUCCGCUCGUCCCGCCCUCGCCGAAAUGGAGAAAGCCAGACUCUUCGACUUCAACCUCACUCUCCCCAUCAUCGUUGCCGAAUUUCUGUUCCUAAUGGUUGCCCUAGACAAAAUAUACUUCGCCCCACUGGGAAAAUUCAUGGAUGACAGAGACGCAGCUAUAAGGGAGAAACUAAACAGCGUGAAAGACACAUCCGGGGAGGUGAAGCAGUUGGAGGAGCAGGCAGCUGCCGUGAUGAAGGCGGCAAGGGCAGAGAUAUCGGCGGCCCUGAAUCAGAUGAAGAGGGAGGUGGCGUUGGAUUUGGAGGUGAAGAUGGCUGAGGGGCGGAAGAAGGUGGAGGCUGAGCUCGCGGUGGCCCUCGAAAAUUUGGAGCGUCAGAAGGAGGAGACCAUCAAGGCCCUAGACUCCCAGAUUGCAGCCCUCAGCCAGGAUAUUGUGAAAAAGGUCCUGCCACUUUGAAUGGACAAGAAACUCUCAAUUUAGUGCUUUCUUCUUCCUCUCUCUCUAGGUUUCUGUGCUCUUUCUUUCGUUUGUGUAUUUUACCUGGCUUAUUCUAUGGAACAAUGGUAUACUUAUUUAUUGUUGGUACUGUUCCUGCUGA